AUGGUCGCCACUACCGCCUCCUCAUCAUGCCUCGAAGGCUGCCCGAAUGAGAUCACCGAGAGUAUAGUAAUGACUCUGGAGCUCAAGGACAUCUGCAGCCUCCGCUGCGCAAGCCGACUGAUGAAGGAAAAGACAACUCAAGACCGCUUCAAGUCUUUCUUCCGGACUGAGAGUGUUCGUUUGAAUGAGCAGUCACUCUUGUCCUUCGCGGCCAACACACGACCCGGGAUGCUUGGUUGCCUGGUAGAAGAGCUGGAUCUCGUCGGACUAGUGUACAACCCCGUGCAACUCGAGAAUAUCUUGACGACCAAAACCAGGACCGUCACUAAACGGAAUGGUCCGAUGACCAUGUCCACGGAGGAGCGAUGCGGAGCCGAUGAGCUGGUGAAAGUGCAGAAAGACCUCGACACCCUGAACGAGGCGAAGCAUAGCGCUGAGCAGCUUCAUAACGAUGGCAGAGAUGUGGAACUUCUCGCUCAGACCUUCGAGAACUUGAAGGCGAACGGGUGGAGUCCUCUGAGGAAGUUGAGGACGCUUAUCAAAGUAUUCCGAGACGACGCAGUAACCGAGAUCGAUCCGCUUGAAGGCGGUAGUUACAAGCUGAUCUGGCAGAAGGCGGCAGAAACGCUACGAACGACUCUUUCUGCGCUCUCGAAUAGUGGUCUGGCUGUCGACGAGCUCGAUGCCUUCAGUGAAGUACACCGGUGCGCCGUGGCUGCCAACGAGCUUUCCCCUAUCGACACCACCAACGAGUCCCUGAAUUCCGUUCUGGGAAAGAUGACCACCUUCUCCAUCGGCAUCUCAAACCGAGACAUUCCCAAAACCGAAGAACAAAUCCUCGAAUUCGAACGACCCGUCUUCCCAUCCUUCCGCACCUACAAAGCGCAAACACCCCGAGACCCUACCAUCAUGAAAGCAGAAGCCGACGACGAGGACAACUUCACCGGCCUCUCAAACCUCCUAGCCCUCUCCCCCAACCUCGAAACCCUAGACCUCCACUUCUACAACCUCGACUCCCCACCCGUCGAAACCCACAACCCCAAACUCUUCACCCGCAUCCUCGAAACCACUACCUUCUCCACCUUGACAGCGCUCCGUCUCCGCGGGUUCCACCUCCAUUCCCAGGACCUCCUAAGAUCCAUCACCCGCUCCCCCCUCCGCAAACUCCGCCUCGAAAACCUCCACCUAAUCACCGGCACAUGGCGCUCCCUCUUCGCCUUCAUCGCAGAGGGUCCGCAGGGCUACGACUGGAUCCUCGUCGACGAUCUGUUCGAAGGAUCACGAUUGCUAUACUUCAGCAGCGAGGGGGACGGGAAGCCGAAGUUCCCAUCACUGUGCGGGACGAAGGGAACGAAUGGGGUUUUGCGACGAGGGGAGGAUGCGAAGAGACGGGUUGAAUUUCAUUUUGCUGCGGAGAGGCCGUUUGGGAGUCCGCAGGUGUAUCAUUGGCAUGUGAGGAGACAGAUUGAGUAUGGGCCGCCGGAUGGGCUUUGA